AUGGCCUUGCACAAUCCUUUCAGACGGCGGUCUGAGAACACAAGAUACUGCUGGGGUUAUGAAUUUGAAUGGACUGAACGUCAUCUCACAGAAGAACAAGCCACAGCACUCAAACAUUCGUAUGAUGUGCUAGGAGAAGAAUGUCUUGAUCGUCUCAAUGAGAUUUCGCCACCAACCAGCGGAGCGCUUCCGCGGAGAGAUGAUCUUCCGCGACAGAGUAGUGUGUCAGGCGCAGACAAAGAGCAGAAGGAAGAAAUUCCACUUCCACAGCGAGAUCUUUACAUCUUGCUAAGAGAUAAUCAUAAGUCUGAUUCGAAACUUCAAGAGCUCUGGGACGAGGUGAACACCGUUCCGCCAUGGGUAGAUUGGGUACAAAUACAAAGAGGACAGGAUGUCUUUUACCGAUACGGAGGUCCAGCUCUUACCGGGCUUACCUAUCAAUCACUGUUAGGAGGCAUGGGCGCUGCGCGAGUGGUGGAGACAUUGGUACGGACCGGGGGUUUUUCCACCAAGGUAGCGCGACGGAGACUCUUCGAGACGACACAACAUAUCCUCCAGUGCACAAAGUCGUUGAAUUCGAUCCAGCCGGGAGGCGCUGGUUGGGCUUCGUCUAUACGUGUCCGCCUACUUCAUGCUGCUGUCCGGCAACGGAUUAUGAAGCUCGCAAAGCAGCGACCGAAUUAUUUCAACCUAGAAGAAUGGGGUAUCCCCGUGAAUGAUCUGGAUCAGAUAGGCACCAUAGGUACAUUUUGUGCUACUUUGAUCUGGUUAAGCUUCCCACGCCAAGGUAUCUUCCUACGCGAGCAAGAGAAAAAGGACUACGUCGCACUAUGGAGAUACAUUGGUUACAUCAUGGGCACGCCCCACGAGCACUUUGAGACCAUCGAAAAGGCAAAGACUAUCAUGGAAUCACUCCUCUGGAACGAGGUUCAUCCCUCCGAUAUGUCCAAGGUCCUCGCCAAUAACAUCAUCCACUGUCUCGAGGGCCAACCACCGACAUUUGUCUCUCCAGAUAUGUUGAUUGCCAGCGCUCGAUGGCUUAAUGGCAACGAUCUUGCCGACGCAUUGGGGUUACCGCGUGUGUCCUGGUACUACUGGUCACUCAUGGCCGGCCAGUGCCUCUUCUUCAUGGGCGUCUGUUAUUUCUACCGCGCUAUACCCAGCCUUGAUCAUGGUCAUGUCGAGCGACUGAAGCGCAUCUUCUACAAUGUCAUCGUGAACGCUAACUAUGGUCUUGCUGGUGUGGAAACCACGUUUGACUUCAAGCACGUUCCAGAGUAUGAUACGGUUACGGCUAUGGGCAAGCCGAGAGAAAUCAAGCUCAAGAGCUCGGGAGUGGAGAUGAGGAAUCUAAGGGCCUUGGGUAUCUUCUUCGGUGUUGUGGGGUUUGGUGCCUGGGUGGCGAUUAGGGUUACGUCGAAGUUGCUGAACAUGAUAUUUUAG